AUGCUGAGCUGCCAUCCCCAGGUCCCUCACUCUGUGAUCUUCCUGCUGAUGCUUCUUCCAUCACUGCUUAGUGCAGAGAACUUCUUCUACCAGUACCAUGACUGGGAAAACUACCAUGGACUUGGCUUGGACCCUAGAACUUUCUACAAUGAAGACUGGAAACCAAGGCAGAUGUGGAACCAAAUGAAUUUGAAUAGUGAGCCAUGUCAGGCCACCCCUGACAUCUACUUUGUUCUGGAUAAGUCUUCUCGCAUGCUGCACGGCUGGCCACACGUUUGCAAGUUUGUGCUGGAUAUGGUGACAAGGUUAUCAAACCGGGAUCUGCGGGUGUCUAUCAUCACCUACUCCUGUAAGGGCAACAUCCUCGUGCCCAUCACCGGGGAUAGAGAAGAAAUCCUGAAGGGUAUUGAAAGAAUGAAGUAUUCCAUAACUGCAGGACACGAACUCGUUUUCCAAGGAUUGUGGAAGGCAAAUAAGCAGAUAGUAAAGGUCAACAGAAGAGGUGCCCAGCACCCCAGCAUGAUCAUCUUCUUGCUCAAUGGCCCUCUGAAUAAUCAGGUCUAUGGGUAUUCGUUGGACGAGUCUAACGAUAUCCGAAAAAUGGGAGGAUAUGUUUACGGCGUGGGUACAGGCCAUUCUGAGAGAAGUCAGAUAAUAGGACUUUCAGGUGGUCUAGAAAACGCAUUUACAAAUAAGAAACCUGAACAUCUGAGUGACCUCAUCACACCAUUAGCGUCCAAGGCCUGCCCCUCCCUUAAAGCUGCAGUUACACGCAUUAUAUGUAUAAGAGAAUCAAACCCGGUGGUAGUGGAAGGAUACGGCUUUGACUUCGCCAGGCGUAAAGAAGAUGUAAUCUGCAGGUUCUAUUUAGGCGGCAUAAAAAUGUCUAUCAAAGAUGCCCCCCCAAUCAAUAUAACCAAGACGACUGUUACUUGUCCUGGACCAAUUGUAGAUUCUGCGGGAAGAGUGAUCCAUAUUCUACUCAGCCUGGACAAUGGAAAAAACUUCCUGAAUAACGGUUUAUACGUUGCCAGUAGGACAUGUGGCAAAAGUCCGCUAACUACAGUUAAAUAUGGCAGAAAAACUACAACCACUACAACCACAACCACAACCACCACCACAACUACAACUACCACGACAACCACUGAAAGCCCUACCACCAUUCUGGUCACAGAGAAACCGAAUCCAAGCAUUGACAAAUUCAUUUUUGUCCCUAUCCUCCUGGCGCUGCUGCUGCUGUUCUUGCUGAUGGGCUGUUUCUGGCAGCUGUGCUGUGUUCCGCCUGCAAAGGAGUUGCCCGCACCUAAGCCCCCACCUAAGCCCCAACCACAGCCCAGAGAGAAGAAACAACCUCCCCCAGUGUCUCCCCCGGCACCCAAAAUACCUGUAAACCCAGCCCCCAUUGUGAUCAUCUGCUGCUGCGCCUGUUGUGGCCUGUAUGUGAGCAAAGACAAGCAGGGCAAUGUGUUUGUGCGCAUCUUCAAUCCCCUGUGCUGCCCCCAGUUGCCACCGAUAUGGCCCCAGGAUGCUGAGCAGGGGCAGCAAUGGGCUCUCCUGAAGGAACCCUGCGUCCACGGGGUCAGCCUGCCACCUAGACAAGAGUCUCUGCCUCUAGCUUCCUGCUCUCAGUGCCACUGUCUCCCACCUACCCGCCCCAGGGAUCCCUCCUCCAGGUUGAGGCAGGUCACUAAUCAUUCCUGGGCUCCCAGAGCCCUAUAG